AUGAGAAAUUAUAUCACGAUAACAUAAGAUAAUAAUGUUAGACAAUAUCCAAGAUUACUUGCUAAUGAAAGUUCAUAAAACUAAAUGGCUAAGUUCAAGAAAAUUGAAAUUUAAGGGGGGUUUAACAAAAAAGUAGAAACUAGUUUUGUUCUAAAGAGUUUACAUAAGAUAAAUCAUGAGACACAUAGUUUCAGAUUAAUCAAAGUCUUUGAUACUCCAUUUAGACAAAGGAGAAAAAGUGAAUGUGAUGGAGUAAUAUCUGAAAAAAUUGUAUUUAUCUAAGUUAUGAUAAGCAAAACUUAGAUUUGAUGUACCCUAAAACAACGAUUGAGCAACACCAAUUUUUAGAUAGAGUAAAAGACUUCCGUAGAAAAGCUAUAAAAGGGAGAUUGAAAAAUAAAUUUUAGAAAUCUUUCAGGAAAAUAGAUACAACAAAACCUAGCUAAUUCAAUCAUCAACCUCACUAUACUAUGUCAAAAGGUGAUUCCACUUAUGGAAGUUUACAAGAGAUCAAAGUAUUCAGGCCUUUUACCAAAGAUCGUGCUUACUAUAAACGAAUAUUGGAGAAAAAAGGAUCUGAUUCAUUUUGUGAUUCCCCAUGCACACCUAAUCUUCAUAUUCGUAGAGGAACAUAGAAAAUAGGAGUAACACAAAAUUAAAAAUAAUUUGUUUUGCUCUAAUUGAACAAGUUCAGCCCAAAAAAUUUCGAAUAACUAAAAAAAGAUUCCAUAUUAAAGAUCUUAUCAGAAACANUUGUAUUUAUUACUUUUAAAGAUUAGUUUUAUCCAAAAUCUUUACAAAUAUUUUAUAAUUUUUGGGAUAUUAUAAUCAGAGUUAAAGGAUUUGAUACAUAAUCUAGAUAUAUUUAUUUGAAUCUAUUACAUAAUGCAUUUUCCUCUAUAUUUGAGAAUUUUUAUCUGAAAUUUCAAGUGAUUUUCCUAAUCAUAUUUUAUUUACUUUAAUCCUCUCCCUUUCCCUGUAAUAAUAUAAAAAAUUUUUUUUAUAGUAAAUUUCUAUUUUUUAUUUAUUGCCAGUUGAUACCAAGUAAUUAACAAUUAAUCAAAAUAGCUAUGAGAUUAUAUAAUUUAAUAAAUGAUUAUAUUUUUUGGUUUACGAUAGUCUCGAUUGAAAUUUUCUAAGUUUAUUAAAUCUGUUGCAAAUUUUAAUAUUAUGAACUUUAGACUGUUCCAUGUAAUAGUUGCUUAGAUACAAUUUAAAAAUUUAAAAUAAUAGCAUUUUAUAUGUAUUCUUUAUUAAUAUUGACAUUUAAUUAAUUAAUGAGAAAUUAUAUCACGAUAACAUAAGAUAAUAAUGUUAGACAAUAUCCAAGAUUACUUGCUAAUGAAAGUUCAUAAAACUAAAUGGCUAAGUUCAAGAAAAUUGAAAUUUAAGGGGGGUUUAACAAAAAAGUAGAAACUAGUUUUGUUCUAAAGAGUUUACAUAAGAUAAAUCAUGAGACACAUAGUUUCAGAUUAAUCAAAGUCUUUGAUACUCCAUUUAGACAAAGGAGAAAAAGUGAAUGUGAUGGAGUAAUAUCUGAAAAAAUUGUAUUUAUCUAAGUUAUGAUAAGCAAAACUUAGAUUUGAUGUACCCUAAAACAACGAUUGAGCAACACCAAUUUUUAGAUAGAGUAAAAGACUUCCGUAGAAAAGCUAUAAAAGGGAGAUUGAAAAAUAAAUUUUAGAAAUCUUUCAGGAAAAUAGAUACAACAAAACCUAGCUAAUUCAAUCAUCAACCUCACUAUACUAUGUCAAAAGGUGAUUCCACUUAUGGAAGUUUACAAGAGAUCAAAGUAUUCAGGCCUUUUACCAAAGAUCGUGCUUACUAUAAACGAAUAUUGGAGAAAAAAGGAUCUGAUUCAUUUUGUGAUUCCCCAUGCACACCUAAUCUUCAUAUUCGUAGAGGAACAUAGAAAAUAGGAGUAACACAAAAUUAAAAAUAAUUUGUUUUGCUCUAAUUGAACAAGUUCAGCCCAAAAAAUUUCGAAUAACUAAAAAAAGAUUCCAUAUUAAAGAUCUUAUCAGAAACAAAAGAAAGCUAGUCUUAAACUCAUGUUGUCCCUUAAACUCCUUCCAUAAACUUACAUAAAUUUUAACCUUACAUUUGCAAUCCAAAGACUAUGAAUCUAAAAAAAUGUAGAAUAUUAACCUCCUCUUCUAGAGUUAGAACUUUGUUUUGA